AUGUCAGAUGACUGCACAUGGGAUCCGUUUAUCUCGAUCAGCGACGAGACGGCUACAAUCAGAGAAAGAAACGAUCCGAAAACCCUUGAGAAUAAAGGCAACGAUGUGAGAGUGCCGAUAUUCGUUUGUGCUUUGAUGACCGUUCUUUUGCUAUUCAUUCUCAUCACAAUUGUUGCGAUUAAAUUCAGGAGAAAAUCCCUCCAGAGCACAUCAAGAAAGAAGAAAACCCCGUCAGCCGAUCACAUUCUCACCGCUCCUGACAACACUUGGAGCUACAAUUCAAUGAAAACAACUCCAAAUUCUGUUCAUGGGUCACUUGGCAUUCUGAUGUACGGUGACGCGCGGAAUGCUGGCUCAAUGGUUUUCCACAAGAACCCAACUCCAAACACGAUAAGAUCGUAUCGAACGGGCGAAUGUCCAUUGAGACAAUCGGCGACAACGAUUCGUUUAAAUCAUCCAGGCGAUUCACCCGCUGCCGCCUAUCAUACAUUGGGAAGGCAUUACGAGGAAAUUCCGUCACGUUUCGCUAGCUUUGCCCCAAGUCCUUUGUUGAGUCGGCAAGAUUGGCAAAAUAGUGAUCGGAUAUCAUCGAGACGACCCCCACCAUCCUCUCGGCCACCUCCACCCCCACCAACACAAUCAAAACCACCUGAAUAUGUGAUUCCCACAGAGGUUUUGAGGAAAUUUCACUCGCCUGGUUGCAGUGACUCAUCCUUAGACAAUGAGUUGGUCAUUUUACCCAAUGAGAGCCCACAAAUGAUGAAAAGAUGGGAUGAAACGGGCGAGACUCGAUCUCGUUUAUCUGGCGGUGAUUGUGGAAGGGAAAGUGGAUACGGGACAACACCAUCCACCCAAUGGAAAAUCUCACCGGGAAGGGAAGACACGAGGGAAAGAGGAGAGGCCAGCGCUCAACACGAAAGGGGAAAUCUUGGUGAAACUCAUUCGAUGACUUAUGAAAAUGAUUUAAAUGUCGAACGAGCAGAAUCAGUGGUGGCCGAUGAUGCAGUGGCUGCCCGACAUAUCUCGAUCAAUUUAGACGCAAUCCAUUGUUUCACUGCUUUGAGGAUUCAGACAACUUUUGGAAAUUUCGAUGUGGCACAUCAUUUCUUUCGUAUCUUUGUGACGAUCGAACAAUGGACGGGAUAUCCCGAUCAACCAUUGGACAAUCCAAACGCAUUGAGGAUUCAACCAAGUAAUCAAAUUGUACACGCUGAAUCUCUCGAGCCGAGUCUUGCUGAUUGGAUGUCUGAUUUAUCGGAAGAGAAUGAUGCCUUGCUUGACGCACCAAUCGCCGAGGAAAGGCUACAAGAAAACAUUGACUUGGAAGAGAAUGAUGGCUUGCCUGCCGCACCUAUCGCCGAGGAAAGGCCACAACUACAAGAAAACAUUGACUUGGUGCAAAAUGAUCUGCCAGAACUCGAUGAGGAUAAUUUGGUGGCGUUCGAUGAAGGAUGGUUUGACGAUGAUGAGCCGCUCGAUCUACCAGUGCAACAAUUCAGCUUUGUCGCCAGAUGGCAAUACUGGGUGAUUCCGCCGGUACCCGAA